UACACUUAAUUCCAAGCAAAAUAAAAGAUUUUGUAAAUAAGAAAAUUAAAGAAAUCAAAGAAGAAUUUGCUAAGAAAUAUAGUAAUUAUGGACCAAUAGAUUCUUGGACUUGUGAAGAAUUAAUCAUGGAUGGUUUUGACUAUCUUUCUAGAUUUAGUAAUAAAUAA